AUGUCCGACAUUUCCAGCUUGCACUCCCGAGAGAAGAAGGAGCCCACGAGGCAAGUGGUUACACUGGAGGAAGCGUUGGACAACCUCCACAAGCUCCAACAGGCGCAGUCGCAGCAGAUUAGCCAGUUGGUUGGUUUGGUGCAGACGUUGGGAGAGAUGCAAGCAGCGGCUUUGACACGAGCUGCUGAGACAAGCAGCGGAAUGGCAGCAGCAGCGUCCUCAACGGGCCCAGAACCUAUGGAAGUGGACAAGGACACUGGUGGAGUCAGUCUGCGAGAUUUCUUCACUUGCUGCGUCAGUCUUUGGGUGAUUUCCAACGAGCUUGAGACAUCGUUCGACAAGCUGAACAGGAAGCAUGUGGUGCGGCCCUUGGACGUCUACAGAGCAGUAGAGUCCGAGCUCUUGAAGGCGGAUAGAAAUCUUAGUGGCUACAGCAGUCUUCGUUUGACAGAACCUGACAAGAUGAUGCUUCACUUGAAGUGCAUGCCCGAGUCCUGCAAGCAUUACGUUUUGUUGCAUGGAAAGAGCGACACGCUGAAUGAGAUCCUGGAGAGCAUCAAGUUUUACGACUCUCAUCUGCGUGUGAUCGAGCAUGACAAGUUUUGCAACUUCCGCGUGACGUUUUUCCCGAAGAACAUGGUUUUCCUGAAGAGCAUGGUUUUCCCGAAGAACAUGGUUUUCCUGAAGAGCAUGGUUUUCCCGAAGGGCAUGGUUUUUCUGAAGAACAUGGUUGUCUCCAGCAUGGCGAAGAAGUUUUUCUUGAGCGGCAUGAUUGUCUUGAUGUUUUGCAUGGGCUUGAACGACACGAAGAACACGGGGAUGAUCAUGGUUGGUUUUGCGCUUUGCAUGGACCCAAACAGUGGAGCAAGCAUUCACUUGAUUGCGCAGCGGCUGCUUGAUAGUGGCCACGUCGCCGUGGUCGCUGAGGAUGAGUACCAGGAGGAGAACCACGGGGACCACCAGAAGGCCUCCGAGGACCAGGACGAGAAGAACGUGCCCCAGAAGGCCUCGGAGAAGCAGGAAGCGGACAGCAGCGAGCCCCAGAAGGUUUCGGAUGUCUGCGACGUGAGCUCAGAGGAGCCAGCUGCGAAGGCCUGGAGCGUGGUGAGCGAGGGCGAGAUCCACGAUGUGGAGAUGGCCAGGCUGGAGGAUCUGAGAACACAGGUCGCAGCUGCGGCCGAGAUCGCGGUGGAGGGCGUGGAGCGCAUGGCGAGGAGUUUCGAAGCCUGGAAGGCGGACCCCAAGCCGAAGCCAGCUACGAAAGCCAUGCCAAAGGUCUUGAGACCCACAGUCAAGGCGAUGCCGAAGAAGAGACCACAAGUGAAGGCAAUGCCGGCAAAGACCUGGAAGGGCAGCGUGAAGCGAGGAAGCAAGCAGAAGAAGGAGCAAGCCACGAGCAGCUCGUCGACGGUGCACCUGGUGGCAAGGACGGAGCGCUCAACGAGAUGCCCUGCACCGCCACCGCCGGAGCCGAUCAGGGAAGAGCUGUGGAAUCCGCCUCCACCUCCGCCUGUUCCCAGCCGAAGGCCCGAGAACAGGACCAUCCGGAGAGACAGUGAGACGGAUGGAAUCCUUGUUGGCCUCCCUGUGGGGUAUUUCCACUCGACAUAUGAAGCCUAUGGCAUCCGGAAGCCGAGUCUGGUUCCCCCGGACUUGAGGAAGAUUCUGGAUGAUGGAAUGGAGUCCCAACAACAGCCUUUGAGUGCAGAAGCUAGUGCGAAGUAUAGGAGCGCAGUCGGCAAGGUCGCCUGGGGCGCCCAGACACGGAUUGACUUGACGUACUUCAUCAGUGUGUUGAGCAGGGGCCAGUCGCAGCCCCUAGCUGUCCAUGAGAUGUGCCUGCGAGCGUUCUUGAGGUACUUGAUGUCGGUUGAGCACCAUGAGCAGCUUCUCAGUUGUGAUGGAGACGCUGGGACCAUCGUUGUGUACGUUGAUAGCAACUGGGCGUCUGAGAGAAAUAACUCUCGGCGGUCGUUGUCUGGAGGCGUGUUGUUUCUCGACGGGGCCCCGGUGAAGGCUUACACCAGGCAGCAGACUUCAAUUGCGCUGUCCAGCGCGGAAGCGGAGUUAACCGCUAUCUGCGAGGGAAUGAAAGAGGCCUUGGGAUUGUGCGUCAUGGUGAGACACGUCUUUGGGAAAGAUGUUGAAACGCCGGUUGUUCGCUCGGACUCACAGGCAGCCAUUAACAUCAGUUCUAUGUUCGGACUCCUCAGGAGAGUCAGGCAUAUAGACAUCAGGUUGUGCUGGGUACAAGAAGCGCUGCGUGAGGGCCGCGCUAAGCUUGAGUGGGUGUCUGGCUUGGAGAAUGUCUCAGACAUUUUUACAAAGAGUACGAUCCAAAAGGUCAGUUACGAGAGACACCUGAACAUGUUGGGAAUCGUUGAGCGACUUCCGCCAGCCACCAUGGGUUUGUUGGCGUUGGAGGACUGGGAUUGCGCCCAGUUGUGCCGCAUGCUCGGGAAGAGCCCUGAUCUUCCAGUUCUCUUGGAGCUGGAACAGAACUUGAGUGCGGUGAGUGCGGAAGCUCAUUGGUUGAUUGUCGAGUUUUGUACGAGUGAAAACUCGAAUCUUGGCAUUGCAGCGCUUGAGCUUGGAAGCGUGAAGUUGGUUAGAAUCACGGAGCGUGAGAACGGAGUGUUGGAUGAGACGAUUGCCAUUGUGAGAACACACGUUGAGCGCUUGUGUCGGUUGGGCGUAAACGUGUUGAUUUGGUCAUCCACACCGUGCACUGGUGGAUGUCUUUGGCAGUUUACGCAUUUGGAGCGGCCUGGGCAUGGAGAUUACUUGAAGAAAGUUUGGGGCGUACAGAGAAAGUUGUGGAAGAACUUUGAGGUUAUCUGCAAGCCGGUUGAAGACAUGCCUGUGGGAUGUUUGAAUCCGUUCGUUGCGAUCGAGUGGCCGAAGACCUGUCAGUACUGGCAUUGGAGGACCACCAAGAAGUUUGGAUUCGACCACCACAGGACCAUCCCCACAGUGCCGAUUUCGACCUUAAGAGCACUCAACACUAUCCGCUUGACUUGUGCAGACGAUUGGUUGCGUGCUUGCCAUGAGCUCUCGCCCGCACCCUCAGCCGCUUUGCCGAGAGGGGGUGUUGUUCUUUUCGUUUUCUUAAUUUCCUGCGAAGCAAUGAGUGAGACUGACUACACAGUGGAGAUCCUCCUCUUCGGAGUCUUCCUUACUGUGAGCAUCCUUGUGAAUGUUGCAGUCCACAUGUGUUGCCGCUGUUGUAACUGUUACUAUGAUGGGAAGAACCGUGAUGGUCACCUCGUCAACAGUAGCAGUCACGCGAGUGCUUCAGACAAGAGCCCGAGCAAACCGCGGACAGUUGCCUUUGAAAUUCCGAAUGUGUACUUCAUUGCAAAGAGUGAAGUGGCCCACGUGGAUGAGUCUUGUGGACAUCUGCGUUUUCGGGACAAGAAGACAUACGUGGUCUGCCGGGAUUGCCAACGCAAACUUCGUACGCUCGCCUCCAAGAGGGGGUAA